AAACUUCAUUGUUCUUUUAUUCUCCAGUAAUGGAAAUUAAAAAUUCAAUAACAGAACGUAUGAAAGUGUUUAUUUAAUUCGAAAAUCUGCAAAUACCCACACAAAAUCAAUGUUUUAUAAAGGUUUGCAAUUUUUAUUCAUACUCGGUUUCCGCUUAGAAAUGCAGCUCCGAUUGCUUGGAAUUUUAAUCUUAUUUAUUGCAUUUGCAAACGCUUCAAGGCAUGUUAUAUUGUUGUAUCAAAAUCCGGAACUAAGAAUGUUUAAGGCAUCACCCAGUAUAUUGGAUUUUCUUCGUAUAAGGAAAAUAAUGGGUUUCCAUUCGUUAAUUGCACAUCUAAAUAGUCAACUAAAUGGACAAGGUGUCGCUGAAAUGCUUUGAUAUGAAUAAGCAGCAAAUAGUAUACAAAUAAAUGAAUUGAAUUCAAAUUUCAUUCAAUUUAAUUGUUAUACACUAUUUUUGGUACGACCUAGCUACAGUAAGUGUUUAAAAAACCUUAGAUACAUCAGUUACGGUUUUUUAUACAUAACUUUCAGACUUUCUUUGGCAAAUUGAUUGGGUAAAUUAACUUUGCAUAUACGUAAUAGCUCUUAUCAAAUUACUCUAGCUGUUUAAAUACAUCGAGAUGUUACCUUUCAGGAAGCGAUUACAAAAAUUAAAUUUUCGCCGAUUUUCGCCGUUUUCUCCUAAUUCGCUAAUGUGAAACGAACACGACGAUUCGCGUUAAUCAAAUAAGAAAUAUCAGGUAUAGAUAAACAGUCAUG